GAAUUAUGUCAAACGAUUACUCUUUUUAUGCAUUACUGCAUGCUUAUGCAAAUAAUAACCAAAGUAAACCUUACAAGUACAACUCUAUGUUAAAUUAUAUUUCUCAAAAUACUGAUGAAAUAGAAGAAUCUAAUGCUAAUAAUGUAUCUCAUGAGGCAGAAGGACUUGUUAAUCCAACUACAGA